AGUGAAAGCACCGAUAAGACCCCCACGAUGAAGAAGAAGGUGCUAUUGAUGGGCAAGUCAGGGUCUGGGAAGACCUCCAUGCGAUCCAUCAUUUUUGCCAACUACCUCGCUCGCGACACGAUGCGUCUCGGCCCGACAUUGGACGUAGAGCACUCUCACGUGCGCUUCCUGGGGAAUCUCGUGCUCAACUUGUGGGAUUGCGGCGGCCAAGAUGCGUUUUACGAAAACUACUUUGAAAGCCAGCGCGACCACAUCUUCCGCAGCGUGGAGUUGCUCAUUUACGUGUUCGACAUCGAGUCCCGCGAGCUGGAGAAGGACAUGAACCACUUCGACGGAUGCCUCGAAGCGAUCGAGCAGAAUUCCGAGUCGGCCAAGGUGUUCGUGCUCAUCCACAAGAUGGACCUCGUGCCCGAGUCGCAGCGCGACGCCGUGUUCGACCAGCGCAAGGAGAUGAUCCUAUCUCGCACGGGGUCGAUUCCGACAGUAUGCUUUGGAACGUCCAUCUGGGAUGAAACGCUCUACCGCGCGUGGUCGUCCAUCGUGUACUCGCUGAUCCCCAACAUGCAAGACCUGGAGAACCACCUGAAUGAGUUCUGCGCCAUCUGCAACGCGGACGAAGUGGUGCUGUUCGAGCGCGCCACGUUCCUCGUGAUUGCGCACGCCACGCACAAGAGCCACCGCGACAUUCACCGCUUCGAGAAGAUCUCCAACAUCAUCAAGCAGUUCAAGCUGAGCUGCUCCAAGACGCAGGCGCAGUUCCAGGGCAUGGAAGUGCGCAACUCCAACUUCACGGCGUUCAUGGACUUCUUCACCAACAACACGUACAUCAUGGUCAUCAUGAGCGACGACACCAUCCAGCCCGCCACGACGCAACUCAACAUCAAGGCGGCGCGACCCGUCUUUGAACGAUACGUCCAACAAGCUAACUAAGCUCCGUAUCACAAUUCACGAUCAUAACCAGAGUACUAUAAUGGGAGGAUGUCAUGUUGAGAAGGAA